ACGAAAUAGAUAGAGCCUUUCACAACCGGCUGCUUUGCUGAGCAUCACCUCCCCCUGGAGCCCCGUGGGGAAGGAAGGAAGCCGCCUUUAGGAGGCAGAGAGAGAGAGAUCAGCUUCCUGAACUUGUCCUGUGCCGCAGCACUAAGCCAGCCUCCCCCCGCAAGAGAUCUUCGCUGCUGGCUUCUGCUGCUGCCCCGGCGUGUUGGGCGUUCGGCUGGGAUGUGGCCAGGCAGCGCCGGGGGUCUGAGACAGCGUUCCGGAGCCUGCUCGGGAUUUUUGUAAGUUUCAGCUUUCCUUCUGGGGUCUUUGCACUUCCUCGUCAGAGAUCUCCUCCCCUUCAACAAGCCGAACAAAGAUGUAGGAGGACACAAAAGGGAGACCAGUGGAAAAGCACUUGGUCCUGCUAGGUGGACUAUGGUGGCAGGAAGAUGUUGGCCAGGAAGAGUAUCAUCCCUGAAGAAUAUGUGCUGGCACGGAUUGCUGCUGAGAACCUUCGCAAGCCACGCAUCCGGGACCAGCCCCGCAAAGCUCGUUUCAUCGCCAAGAGCGGGGCGUGCAAUUUGGCGCACAAGAACAUCCGCGAGCAGGGCCGCUUCUUGCAAGACAUCUUCACCACCCUGGUGGACCUGAAGUGGCGCCACACGCUGGUGAUCUUUACCAUGUCCUUCCUGUGCAGCUGGUUGCUCUUUGCCAUGAUGUGGUGGCUGGUGGCUUUUGCCCAUGGAGACAUGGAUGCUAGCACUGAGAACUGUACAGGCAGUACUAAGUGGACACCAUGUGUGACAUGUGUCAGGUCUUUCACUUCUGCUUUCCUCUUCUCCAUUGAAGUUCAAGUGACCAUUGGUUUUGGGGGCAGAAUGAUGACAGAGGAAUGUCCCAUGGCCAUCACUGUCCUGAUUCUGCAGAACAUCGUAGGUUUGAUUAUCAAUGCCGUCAUGCUGGGCUGCAUAUUUAUGAAAACUGCCCAGGCUCACAGAAGGGCAGAGACCUUGAUUUUCAGCCGGCAUGCGGUGAUUGCCGUUCGGAACGGCAGACUUUGCUUCAUGUUCAGAGUGGGAGACCUGAGGAAAAGCAUGAUCAUCAGUGCCUCGGUGAGAAUACAGGUAGUGAGGAAGACAACCACACCAGAGGGGGAGAUCAUCCCUAUACAUCAGCAAGACAUCCCGGUGGAUAACCCUAUUGAAAGCAAUAACAUUUUCCUGGUGGCUCCUUUGAUCAUUUGCCAUGUCAUAGACAAGCGGAGUCCUCUCUAUGAUAUAUCUGCUAGUGACCUAGUGAACCAAGAUUUGGAACUUAUAGUAGUACUUGAAGGAGUAGUAGAAACCACUGGCAUCACCACGCAAGCAAGAACAUCUUACAUAGCAGAGGAGAUCCUGUGGGGCCACCGCUUUGUGCCCAUCGUAACAGAAGAGGAAGGCGUGUAUGCGGUUGAUUACUCCAAGUUUGGCAACACAAUCAAGGUAGCUGCUCCGCGGUGCAGUGCUAGGGAGCUGGAUGAAAAGCCUUCCAUUCUCAUCCAGACUCUUCAGAAAAGUGAGCUGUCUCAUCAAAACUCUCUGCGGAAACGCAACUCCAUGAGGAGGAACAAUUCCAUGAGGCGGAACAACUCUAUGAGGAGGAACAACUCUUCCCUCAUUGUGCCCAAAGUACAGUUUAUAACGCCCGAGGGGAAUCAGAGUAUGUGCGAAACAUGAUAUACAACCUCACAUGAGGCUGAGUCACUGAUAAAGGUUGAGAGGCCAAAAAUGUUUUUAAAGAAACAGAUGCAAAAUAGAACUGUACUGGAGCUAUUUAUUCUUUUACUUAAUGAAAGCAUCACAUAACAGCAGUAGGAAACACUAUAGCACUAGGCAUAUUAAUUAAUGAAUAAUGACACUCAGAGUAAAGGAAGCAUGGUUCACUCAUGUAAUGUAUUUUGUAUUAAUAUGUGUUUUAGUGGCAUGUGAGAUUUUUUUCCUUUCAAGGAAAUCUAUCUGAUGCUUUUCUACAGACUGCCGUAAAAUGUGUUUUACUUUUUACUUCUGGAUUACGCACUCUCCGCCAGUGGGCUGAUUUUCAAUAGCACUGUGCAUCCAGUAGCUUCCAGUUAUUUAUGUGGGAUGUAUGGAUUUAAGGUUAAUAGAUUCAUUGAUUCCAAAGGCCAGAAGGGACUUCUGUGAUCAUCUAGUCUGUCCUCCUAUAUAACAUAGACCAUAGAACUUCUCCAAAAUAUUUCCUAGUUCAUAUCAGAUCUAGAUUUAAAAAUUGCCACUCCUGGA